CGAUCAUGUGAAUGUUUUAAUAUAUGUCUGGGUGUUACAUUUGCUGCGUUCACAACUGCGGCCAACGAUGCUGCUACAAUGAGGCGAUGUGGACCGGUGACAAGGACAGCGUCGCCAAUGGAGGACGAGCUAUCGCGGGCGCUGCUAGGCGAGGAGGAGAGCUACAACGGCGGUGAGGGGUCGGCGACGGAUGUUGGCUCUUUUCCCUUCGCGACAGGCGACCAGGUUACCUCGCCGGAGUCGCGAACAACGUUAGAGUCGCCACUAGCAUUGGCGGCUCCAACGGAGAUUAUGAAGGACCGGGCCGACUCACCGGAAUUUCGAGUCGCAAGAGAGGCACCACCAGCGUUGGCAGCCCCAAUUGGAGAGGCGACGACGGACCAGAAGUCGGCACAGCAGGCGAGCGUCCAUUUACCGGGUUUGCACUCCAAUCGUCAGCUAGGAAACUAGCCGCUGAGGAAGGAGGAGACGGCAGAAUCAGGCGGGGCAAGGUGUUGGCGGAGGGCGAGUCUCAGGACGGAUUGCUGGUCGGUGGGGAGGGUGACGACGAUGGCGGGCAGCGCGGCGAGGAAGGACAAGAAGGAGGGCGACGGAAGGGGUUUUUCCUCAUGCGGCAAAACAACCCUCUUUUCCCUUCCAGGAGUGAAACCCUACAAUUCUUGUGGGCCAAAGCCUAGUCACAAUUGGUUUUCACGUGGGUCAGAUUGUGUUUUGUGUGGGCCAAAUCAAGUGGGCCUUCUGAUGACAAAAUACAAUCUCAUUCAUGGG